UCUAUAGCCUAACCAACUGCUUCAAUCUUCUUCUAAAUCGACGAACGUUGUUUGAGUUAUUUUUACGGUCUUUGCAGCCAACUCAUAUUUGAACAAUCUAAAUUUUUAGAUGGAGAAUAAGCAUAAAGGACCUUUAACAAUAAUUUUUAGUUGGGCAAUGUAUUCAACAUAAAAUAGUUUUACUAAAUUCAAAUUAAUGAAAUGGGGUUGUUGUGCCUUUGCCCGUUUAUUAUUGAUCAGCAUAGAAAUGGGUAAUGAAGAGUGUACAGUUUGGGCCUUAAAAUCUGGCCCAGCCGCAUCUGGAUGUAGGCUGGAGGAGUUAUUUUGUGCGCCAGAAAAAGAAAAUAGUCACUCGUUUUAGCUAUAAAUGUCCUGAUAAUGCACAAAACACGAGAAUGCUUAGUAGUUAGUAUAACGAUCAUCGUGCUUUGUACUUGUUUUUAAGAAAAUAAUUUAUUUAUUCCCGCAGUAUUUCAUUUAUUAGUAGAAAAAUAGCAAAGAUAAGGGGGGACCUCUAUAGAAAGAGAGAGGGGCCAAAUCUGUAUCUCCAAGGACAAAGGCAUCAAGCUAUGAAAAAAGUCUGCUUGGUUAAUUGAAUCUGCACAGUUAUAAAAGUUGGACAGCAUAAAAAUUGGGUUUUGGCAUAUGCUAAGUUUGGAAUGGCGGAUUGGAUCUGGACCACAGUAUUUGGGCCCGCUAAUCCUUAUUUAUGGGUAGCCAUGACUGGAUCUCAGGACCACAGGAUCCAAACUUGGGCGCACUUGACAGAGCUUUGUAAUUAGUUUUAGAGGGGUGUUUCACUGUUUCUAAAGUGAAUUCUGCAAAGUAACAGAAAAUUGUAUUGUACGUACCAAACACUUCCGCUCUCGUUAAGACUCGAAACGUGUAACCAAAAAGGGAUAGAAGGUAAAAAGAGUUGUCUGCCUAACGUCAUAAUUAUUACCCCAAAAACUGAACCACUGGGCAUUGAAUAGAUGCUAUCUAUUGGAAUUGGAGGCCCAUGUUUGACUGUCCAGCUCGACGAGGGCCCAACAUGUUCCGUCUUUGUUUCACCGUUCGCUUGGGAGCCACCAAGAACAUUGUAAACCCUACCAAACUAUUUUCAACAACUCAUUUUAGUGGCGUUGAAUUUUGGUGAUGGUGUGAAAUUUCGCAGUGGCAGAAUUAAAAUGAGUUUGAUAGGAUGGACAAGUGGUGGUGUGUUCCCAAUUUUACAUCUAUUCACCCGCAAAUAAUUUGAUAUGAAAUAGGCGUGAGUGAAUCACAAUUCGAUAAAUUUGUUUAUUCGGACUUAUUUGAGUAACUAGUGAGUUGAUUGUAGUUUAUCCGAAUAUGACCCGCAUCAUAUUUAACAUGCCAAGUAAGAGUGGCAGAGUGGAGGAGGAAUCAUUUAGAUGCCAUUGGGCCCAAUUGAGCGAAGCCCAAGACGGCGAAUAUGCUGUCUACCACUACGCUAGACCACUCGCUUCGCGGCGCGUGCAUUUCGUUUCCCCCUAGGAGGACAAAAUCCCAGAGCAGCAUUUCCUGCGCAGCUAAACGAACUAAUCAGGAAGCUCCAGACGCCUAUGGCCAACGACAUCGACGCUGAGUUUCCUCCCCAAAUCCUCUGCGAUUCUCCUAAUUCUUCGAGUCUCCUUUCUGAUCCUCACGCUGGUCUGAGCCGCUGAAGCAGGUCUGUGAGUUCACUGUGAAGUUUCUGUCCAUGAAUCUGACAGAGUUCGGGUUGGGAAGGGUAGGGGCGGUUGCUAGUGGUUCGUUCCAAUUUGUCUGCUUUUGGAUUUUCUAGAGUGAACUAGGAACUGGGUUUGUAUUUUCUGUGAAAGAACUUGCUGUGUAUGGUCGAGGUGCAGAAUCGUUGUAGAAUUUUGGGGGAAGUAUUGACUUAAUGGAUGAACUCUCUUUGAGGUGUUAUUGUUCUAGGAACGGUUCACAGAACUAGCUGGAGUAGGGAAACUUCAUUCCCAAAUCCAAUGGGUUCUUAUCAGAGCUUCCAGUACCACUAUCUUGAAAGGCUGGUGUUGAGAACAGUGUGUUAUGGAAUAGUGACUGUGGAAUUGUAAAGGGCAUGGAAUGACUAUCAUGUGAAAUUGAAAUGUCCGGUGAACUUAUGUUGGGUUAAGUGGGUAUCAGUUCUGCGCUCUUCUUCUUCGAAGAAAUUUAUUGUUUAUGGUCCAUGUAACUUAAGUUUUGGCUACUGUAUGUUCUGAUGUUUCUUUUUUGGUGAAAAUUGUACUUCUGCAAGAUUGUAAAAGCAAUGGGUGACGCAAUUGAUUUAACCGGCGAUGGAGGUGUCCUGAAGAAGAUUGUAAGGCGUGCAAAAUCCUAUGCAGUUGAGCCUUCAGACGAUCUUCCUCUUGUUGAUGUUCAUUACGAGGGCACAUUAGCCGACACCGGGGAAGUCUUUGAUACCACACAUGAAGACAACACAAUCUUCUCGUUCGAAAUUGGAAGUGGUUCGGUGAUUCGGGCAUGGGAUGUUGCAUUGAGAACGAUGAAGGUGGGGGAGGUUGCAAAGAUCACUUGCAAGCCGGAAUACGCCUAUGGCAGUGCAGGCUCUCCACCGGAUAUUCCAGCAGAUGCAACUCUAGUUUUCGAGGUGGAACUUGUAGCUUGUCGUCCUCGGAAAGGUUCCAGCAUGAGCAGUGUUUCAGAGGAGAGAGCUAGGCUAGAUGAGCUGAAGAAGCAAAGGGAGAUGGCGGCUGCAGUCAAAGAGGAAGAGAAGAAGAAACGAGAAGAAGCGAAAGCUGCUGCCGCUGCUCGUAUUCAGGCGAAACUAGACGCAAAGAAGGGUGGAGGGAAGGGAAAAGGGAAGUCCAAGUAACAAAGGAAUGUGCUCCAGCUUCCCAGUUUUAGUUCUUCCAUAUUGUUGUAUUUGAAACUCAACUGUAGUUGUCGACUCACUUAGAGCGAUAGCGCGACUGUUAAGGCCAAUAAAUUACCAUCUACUCUGCUAGCAGAUAGUAACAAUCUCAAUAUCAUUUUGAGUUUAUGAUUAAGAGGUUUUAAGGCUAACAAACACAGAGCAACCAUUGCCUGAUGUGAGACUUCUCCCAACUCAAUCAGGUAUCCACGGUUAGUAAGAAGUUACUAUAAUAACUGUGAUUUUUCAAUUGCCAACUUCCCGAGUAAUCUAAAUUACAAAAUGUUAUGAUGUUACUAAAUACAUCAAUCCGCA